CUCAUAAUAGCUCAUAAUGGUAUGAAACAUAAUUUCUCUCAACCUUACUUCGCAUUUGCGUCAAAGUAUUAUUCUGUAAAGGACAUUGGUAAUGGUGUCUGUCCAGAAAAUAAUUUCAUUAGCUAAAAGACUUGAGGAUCCGAAACACCCUUUAUUAGGUCCAAAUUUGAAAGGGCUUUAUGUUUACGGCCUGUGGCAAUGUGGAAGCAAAUUUCGCAAUACAUGUUACAAUGUCAUACACUUUUGCGCUUUUCUGUUUGUAAUUAGUCAAAUAAUGGAACUUUGGAUCAUAAGGCAUGAUUAUUUGGAAGCAUUACAUAAUCUUUCAUUAACUGCAUUGGGAAUGGUUUGUAUUUUUAAAGCCGUGUCUUACGUUAUAUGGCAAUCCGACUGGAAGAUGUUGGUAGAAGGUAUUUCAGCGGAAGAAAUAUCUCAAUCGGAAAGCUUGAAUGAUGCGUGUAUAGAUUUGAAGCAAAACUAUACAAACUACGCGAGAAUUGUGACAUAUUUCUAUUGGAAUGUUGUAGUUUCUACUAACAUUACUAUGGUUUCGGCGCCGUUUCUAAAAUAUGCUACAAGUUCAGAAUACCGUGAACAGAUAAGUAACGGAACGGAGCCAUUGCCGCAAAUUUUCAGCUCGUGGUUUCCAUUUGAUAAAACAACAAUGCCUGGCUAUUCUCUAGCAAUCUUCAUUCACAUUCUAAUUAAUAUCCAUGGAGGGGGAGUUAUUGCGCUUUAUGAUUCAAAUGCAGUGGCUGUUAUGGUAUUCAUCAGAGGCCAACUGGCAAUGUUAAGGGAAAAAUGCAAACACAUCUUUGAUGACUAUGAUUUGGUUAAUGAAGAAAUAAUAUUGGGCAGAAUUAAGGAAUGCCAUAGACAUCAUAAUUUUAUCUUGAGACAGAGCUCGUUGUUUAACUCUUUGUUAUCGCCGGUGAUGUUCCUGUACGUUCUCGUUUGCUCUGGCAUGAUUUGUUGCAGCGUCAUCCAGUUUACUUCGGAAGAAGCUACAGCUGCGCAAAAAAUCUGGGUGCUUCAAUACACCACGGCACUCGUGUCCCAGCUUUUCUUGUACUGCUGGCAUAGCAAUGAAGUGGUUGUUGAGUGUCAGAAUGUGGAUGGCGGCGUGUACGAAAGCGAGUGGUGGAAGGGGGAUGCGCGCGUGCGCAGGCAGCUGGCAAUGCUCGGCGGGAAACUCACGCACACUGUCGUUUUUAGCGCCGGUCCCUUUGCCACACUUUGCGUGCCUACCUUCAUUGAUAUAGUGGAACAUUCUGUCAUUUGUUUCUACGGAGGUGGGAUCGUUGCGAAUUACGACGCUAACACGGUGGCUCUAAUGUCAUUUUUCUGUGGACAGCUUGAGAUUUUGGUAGCAAACAGUAAGAGGUUGUUCAGUGAAGACAAUAAACUUGUUAGUUAUUCCGAAGCGAUGGACAGAAUAAAACAAUGUCAUCAGCAUCAUCUAUCAUUGAUUAAGUACUCAAAAAUCUUAAACUCUCUUCUAUCGCCUGUUAUGUUUUUAUACGUCGUCAUUUGUUCACUAAUGAUUUGUGCCAGUGCGGUUCUGUUGACAAAAGAGGGGACGACAACUAUGCAGCGGAUGUGGGUAGCAGAAUACCUGGCAGCACUCAUCGCGCAACUAUUUUUAUAUUGCUGGCAUAGCAACCAAGUGUAUUUUAUGAGCGAAAGCGUAGAUAGAGGCAUAUAUGAGAGCGAAUGGUGGCGAUGUGGGGUGCGCUUGCGUCGGUGCGUAGUGCUGCUGGGCGGCCAGCUGCGGAAGACCAUCAUAUUCCAAGCUGGUCCUUUCACAGAUCUCACUGUUGCUACUUUUGUUGCGAUUCUCAAAGGAUCAUACAGUUACUACACUUUGUUGAGCAGCAAUGAAAGUUAGCUUCAUAAAGCACCGUAGAUGAACAAAGCAAAAUAGAAAAAAUAAAAUGGGAAAUAGAAUACAUAGAAGAAAUUAAUAAUAAAGUUCAAUAUUUUUUAUUUUAUUAUCUACUUCACUUACGUACCCUUUAAAUUUAACUUUCUAUAAAAAUAAUAAUGAUAAUUUUCUUUCAUGUAAAUAGAUCAGUUUACUUACCGUUUGAUAAGUUUUUUGUAAUUUUUUAUUGUUAAUUUUUGCUAAACAAAUCUUCAUUUAUUUUCAAUUCUUAAUUUGACAUUAAAAUAAGUCAUUUUAUUCUUACUUAUAUCUAAAUACGCUACGGUUCGAUUCCUCAAUAUAAUAUAAUAAUGGUAGUUUAGGAAAAUCAAAGCGUUCUUAUUGGCUGCUUGUCCAAUUUAGUAGGGAAAUAGUAUUUGGGGCAGAAGAAUCUGGUUAACAUUUUGUUUGUUACGGAAUGGGUACUUUCUGUUUUGAAAUUUAAAAAAAUGUGAACAGUGUAACUUUAACCCCCCGAGCAAAAUUUUUCAACAAAAACAAUAUUUAAGAAAAAAAUUAGAAGUCUGUUAUUAAAUAGUUACGCUAAUGCAAGUUAGUCAUAUUUAGUUUAGUAAUUAGCAUAGUAUUAAGCAUGAAGGUAUAAACAUUUAGGUAUAAUUGGGUGUAUUUCAUUCGCCAACAAACUGUUUCGCAGUUUGGCGAAGUUUUGUAAUAGUUUUAAGUGUUUUUUGUUUAUUAGCAAUAAAUUAAAAAAAAAAAACAGUCCUUAAAAGAAGGAGAGCAAAUGGAUAAUUUAUUUUAGCCAGAUAUACAAGUUUCACUGUAAAAAUAAGGCAUAUUUUCACAACACAUGCACCAGUUCUGCAGACAUACAACUAUCUCUAUUUUAUUUUAUAAUAACUUCCAGACUUUGAUUUAACGUUUGGUUCUAAAAAUAUUUUUUUCGGGUUUCAAGCUAAUUUGCUAAUUUUUCUUAUUUAAAAUAAAUUUUAUCAAUCGCGUCUUAUUUAGUUAUUUGUUUUUAAGAGAAUAUACAAGAUAUCUUACAGACAGAAGAAAAUACAAUAUUCAUUACAAUAUUCGUACCUAGCGGAAAAGCAAAUAAGUCAAGCAUGACUUUCAAUGAAAAUCACCGGACGGAAGACGAAACCGCGAACGUCAUUUCACUAAUGUCGUCUCACCAUUGUCAUCGAGUUGCAAGCCGUUGGAGUGUGCUGAGGCGACGCUAAAGUGCUGCUGGAGUAUGUGUGGCCUGGGCACACGAGUCUUCAUUUCUGCAUUUCUAAGGUGCCUUGGACCGGUAACAGGAAUGUGCAAGUUGUGUGCAACGGGGUAUGGCCGCGCUUACCUCAAACGCAGGUGACAGUAACGAAAUACUUUCAUUGGUGUUCAAAUGAAAUAACUAUUCUUAGUUAAAAUAUAUGGUUGUCUGUAAAGUCGGUUUACGGCCGAUAAUUUUGCGUGAUAACGUCAUAAGUCAUAAGAAAACUAGGCCGUAACGUUACCAUGGAUGUCUGUCCACAACGCGACACUUUUACGUGCAUGCCACCGGUGUUCAUCGAUUUGUAAGACGUUAUCACGUCAAAUAGUAAAUUAACUAUGUUGCAACAAUCGAAUCACCUAUGAACUAGUGGCUCUGUGAGCUGUAGACCUCGCGAGCAGAGCUUAAAACUGAGUAAAUUAAAUAAAAAAUAAAAUAAAAACAACAAUUGAUAUGAAAUUUAAGUGUAAAAAAAUACAAAAAGUUAUAUCCCAGCAUAUAAUUACUGGGGAUCGAACCCAGACCUUCCGUGCAAACAAAAAAGCGAACGUUUGCAAAAUACACCAUGACAGUUCUUACAUGAGGUGACGAAAUUUAGCUACUCAUUCUCAAGUAAAAACUAAAUAUCUUAAUACCUCCAAAACCAGCGAAAUAAAAUUUCUGAAUUUUUUGCCAUUUAAUCUGUAAACAUGUCUUAAAAAGAAUAGACUCUUAUGAUACCGAUACGACUAUUUGUUUAAGCGCGAGCUAUCACAACUCUUCCAUUUUAAAAAAUUUCCAAAAACCGUUUCGACAAAAAAAAAAUAUUGAGUCAUAGAAUUUGGUUACAAAAUUUCACGAGAAUCGGUCAAGAAUUGCGACCUGUAGAGGAGAACAUCCGGACAUACAAAAUUUAAUAUCUUAAUACCUCCAAAACCAGCGAAAUAAAUUUUCUGAAUUUUUUGACAUUUAAUCUGUAAACAUGUUUCAAAAAGAAUACUUUCUUAUGAUACCGAUACGACUAUUUGUAUAAGCGAGAGCUAUCACAACUUUUCCAUUUUGAAAAAUUUUCAAAAAAUGGCUCGACAAAAAAAAAUUAUCGGUUUAUAGAAUUCGGUUACAAAAUUUCACGAGAAUCCGUUAAGAAUUGCGACCUGUAGAGGAGAACAUCCGGACAUACAAAAGCAAAACGCCCGAGUCAAAACGUAGACCUUCGGUCAAUAAUAUUGUCUUAGCAAGACGCUGAAGAGGCAAUAUUUCUUUUAUUUAUGGGAGAUCGUAUUAUGAUCGCCAAGUUAAAGUAUACUUUAUCUCUGGACUUCCGAUAAAAUAAAGAAAGAAUCUCAUAAUUCUGUGUAAUCCAAUAAACAUUCUUUACCUAUCCCUACCUACCUGUUUUAUUGCGGUCGUGUUUUUCUUGCGAGGUUAUAGGGCUGGCCAUCUUAUACUAAAAAUGAAUUCUAUAAUUUUAGUAUAAGGUGGCUAGUUAUUGAAUAGCGGCCAGUUACUAAAACCUCAUACUAAAACUUACUUACCCUAGGCCAGUUACUAACCAGAGUGGCCAGUAAUGAACGAUUUACCCUACAUAAUAAUAGUAUGGAAUACAAUCCUCCUUACACAUAGCUGCACCCUCAUCAAAUCCCACCACAACCGAAUACAGAACUGCUUAGAAUUGAAGUCGGUUAAAAGUGACGACCAUCCCUUAUAUAAAAUACAUAUUAUAAGAGUUAAGAGCGAAAAACGAAUACCAUUUUUUUUUUCAACAGUUCCUUACUCUUAGAAUAAUCAACAAAAAAACGAAAGGGCAUACUGCAUUGCUGUGGUGAUUAAUACAUCAAAUAGCGUGAAAAUAUUCGUUAGCGUGAAUAAGAUUCAUUAAAAUUUUCCUGUUCCUAUGUAAAACCCGUUUCCGAUUUAAGCAAGCAGGGUUAGUAGCUGGUGUAAUAAUAUGUCAGGCAGUAAAAUUGCUCUAUUAUGUAAUUAAAUGGCUCCUACCCCAACUGUAAUUAGAAACCAGCCUAGUUUGAGCAAAACCAAGCAAAACGUUAGUCACACGAAAAAAUAUAGUUUAUUAUCGCCAUCUAUUGGCGAGUAGGGUAAACUAAUCAAUGCAAACGCGACCUCUUUUGGUGAGUGGCAUUUUGUGAAAAGCUGCGUUUCAAAUUCCUACACAACUCGAUAGAUGGCAGGAUUCCAUGAACUUCCUUCAAAAUGCUUACAGUUAGUUGAGUUUGUUACAUUUUUACACAGAGGGCAACACUGCUACAGUAAUGUAGUAGGUAUGAACGUAUGAAUAUGGAGGAUGACAGAAGUAGACAACGAGCUGUAAAGUCCUUUUCAGAGAUGGCGUUCAGAGAACGUGGUAGGUACAUAUGAGUUCAUUUUAUAUGGUAAGUUUUUUAAAAUACUGUGCAAUCAUAAAUAAUAUGUAAACUUUUAACCUAUCACAUACUCUGCAGAUAAAAUAAUAAUUACAAAUAGAAUAUAGUUAUUUGAUGUACGUAUGUACUUCUUUUAAUGCCGAUACAGCAUUUAUGAACAAAAUAAUGUAGAUCAGCAUCCAAAUAUUUCUAGAGAAACUUUUAUGAGCUCGAUCAAGCUAAGCCAUAAAUCUGGCAAAAAGGACCUAGCCACAUGCAAUUAUAUAUUAGAGUGCUCAGCCGAAGUAAGACGGACACUCAUUCAACAACAGCGCGUAUUCAUCAACUGGACUUCCUGCCCUGCACGAGAUUACACUCUCUUGACUAGAUGUUACAAAUGCCAGCUCUACGGACACUCUGCCAAGUACUGCAGGGAAGCUGAAUCCACAUGCAGUCACUGUGGAUUAUCAGGACACACCAUCAAAGAAUGCACCAAACUGUCUGAACAUCCGAAUUGCGCUACGUGUAUGCGUUUCAAAAAACCAUCAGACCACAAAACCGGAGAUGAGCAGUGCCCAGCGAAAAAAAGUGCCCAAAUUAGACAUUUAAAUAACAUAGACUAUGAGGGCCCCUAAAACGCCUCACUACGUAUCUCUAAAAAACUACCUAUUUUGUUAUUUAUAUUGUCAAAGUUGAAACGUUUUAAUUCACUAUUAUUUACCUAUGUUUCUUGUACUAAUAUCAUAUUUAUUGUUUUAGCACAAUAAGCACCUAACUUACACUACAUUGACCUAAUAACACGAAAUACCUAAGAUACAAGUAUUAAGUAACUUAGUUUAGGUAUUGAUGUUAAAUAAUGUUAGAGCCAGUUACAAUUUUUGCUUACAAGAUCUUUUAUUUUAUGUUUACUUUUCUAAACCACUGUGAUUGUACAUUUAUAAUAUGUA